AUGACCUUGGAAACAGAUUUCCCACAAAACCCGACCCAGCCAUCACUGCGCUAUGCGGCCUCGACCCAGAUGCCCCUUGCACUACCCUGGACCAAUGCUUAUAUUCAGGUCGGGAAAUGCUUACUUGAGUCACGAGGCUCGCAAUUCGGCUUCGGCGAGGAAAUGGCCUUUGGAAUGGACUCCCUCCUUGCAACGCCUCUCAUUUAUACAGAGACACGUACGGGAGUCGUCAACCAAGCCACGGUCAGUGGUUCCAGCAAUUCUCACCGCGACUUGUCAGCAGACAUUGCUGGGUCUAUCGGUGGGUCAGUGAUGGGCGGGUCAGCCAGGGGUCAGUAUAGCAAGAACUCAAACCAGGAUGAAAGUCACAACAAAGCAAGUGUUCACACUAGCUUCCGCUGCGGGAAAGUCACCCUAGCCCAUUUUCCUAGCCUCUCCGAAGAUGCCACUCGCAUCCUCCGAACCUCUGAUGAUCCAUGCGCCGCCUUUCGCGACAAAUUCGGAGACUAUUUCGUUGGUGGCUACAUUCUCGGCGGCACCAACUCAACCGUCAUGUGGGGUGCCGGAGCGUCACAAGGCGAGUCAGAGCGCCUCGAUAUCUCAUUUGAAGUGCAUUUAUUAUUUCUCAGCUACGAAGACAGCAUCAAAAAGAACGACGCCAAUUAUUCGUCAACGGGGGCGGCAAAUCUGGCCGCUUUCGAUUCGCUGGACGCAUACCAGGCAAAGGUCGAAGCCAGCAAUUACGGCAGCUACAAAACAGCAGUAGAGACCUCAAUUGCCAAUAGGCAACGUGGAGCAGAACUGCAAGGGCGUGUUUUGGCUAAGCUGAAAAGCCUGGAUCUAGGCCCCAGCGGAUCACAGCUGCCUUGGGAAAAAUGUGACGAACUUUGCAGGUCUGGUCUGGUUUUGGAAUUGUUGAUGCUCCCUUGGGCUGGACUCCGAGACUAUAGAGACGCCAUCUGUGCGCCAAGAGAAUGA